AUGCCUAGACAUAGUACCCCUAGAAACUCUGUGCUUCCUAGAGACAGCAUACCUACAGAUAGUCCCAGCAACCCUUUUGGACCUACUAGGUACUCUAUUGAGCAAUCCUCUCCUGAGGAGCUAGUGAUUCCCCAACCUAUCCAACCCUAUGAAUCACCCAUCAAGCCACAUGCUUCCAUGCCAGCCUUGGAAGACCCUCAAGCAGGACCUAGUAGCUCAAGAAGAAUAUCACCCCACUCUCAUAAGUCAUCAUCCAGACACUCUCCAAGAUUGUCUCCUUUGGAAUAUGAAGCUAUUCAGGAAACAAACAAGCUAGCUAAGCCAAGUUCUUCUAUAAGGAAGCCUUCACCUUUUGGUCAUAAGACUAGCCCAGCUACCUUCCAGAGGAUGAUACCUGUAUUUGGACUUCCUGAUAUAGAUAUGUUGGAACCUUCCUCUAGUAAAACUCAGCCCUCUGAGCCUAUGAACUCUCAUGAGCUUAAGAGAUCUAAAGGAAAGACUUCUGAAGCCCACAUAUCUAAGCAUAGGGAGACUCAAGCUGCCUUACUGGAUCCUAAUGAUAGGUCUUUUACUAAUGACCCAGCAAUCCAGAAGUACCUACCCUAUUCUCCUUCCACUACCUUAUACCCUUUAAAUGAAGAAUCUCCAGGAGAAUUCAACUAUCAGCCUGACUGUACCCAAAUGACCUCUUGGUGCAGGAAGAACCCUCAAGCUAAUAGUUUUAGGAAAGUCUACAGGCAGCUAGGAAGAGUAUUCUAUCAUGUGGAGAUACCUCCAGCCCAUGAGAAUUGCUACCCCUCACCUUCUUGUGAGCAAUGGGCUUCUCACUACUUCAAACUACUAGAUACUGUAGUAACCUUUAGACCUACAUGUUGCAUCACUACCAAGUUAGUCCCUGCUCAAGAAAUCAACCAUUGGCCUGAAUAUGGUAAGUUACACAUAGACCUGAAUAAACUAAUCAAGAGAACUGUUCAUAGCGUCUAUGACAUGGAGGAGCUAUUGCCCAUUCCUGAAUGGCCAGAACAUGACUGUUUAUUCACCUCUCAUUCCUUUGAGGUAGCUGCUGUCACUUAUAGGGAUCAGAUGGAGCGUUUCAUUCAAAAGCUAUAUGAGAUCCUUGGUAGACAACUUCAGACUGGACCACCUUCCCCAGUCAUCUCUGCAGGACAUCUCAGUGAGGUAGAACCUGGACAAGAACACCUUAGGGAUAGGACUCUACAACUCAAGCAAGAUAUGACACUGUUAGUGCCCAAAAGUUCUAGAGCCUCUUCUGUCACUCCACAGGAGGCGGCUCAAGAAAACUUACUGAGGAGUCUUAUCAAGCCCACAAGUCAAGUUACUAUUACUAGUCCUUUACUCCCAGAACCUCAAGUCUCUCCUCCAGCUGUAGCCUUGAACACCUCCAGCAGUACUCCUCCAGGACACCCUCCUAGUAGCUUCAUUCAUCUAAAGCCUCUCUUACUGUUACUAUGCAACCUAGAACCUUUACCACCACCUCCUAGUUCUAUUGCUACUUCUUCCUCUAGAUCUAUACCCCUAGAAAGAAUACCAGAGGAGUCACCCCAUCUCAGAAGAAACCUUACCAUCAUCCCUAGAGGGAAUGCUAGUAUUCCUAUUGCACAACCUUCAGCUAUACCUCCUUUCAAUAUACAAGCCCUUGAAGAUUACAUCAACAAUCUUUCAGAUGGAAGUAUAGAUGGCUUAAGUUCUUCUGAAUCAUCAACUGGAAGAGACCAAGUAGCCCCAGAACUAAUAGCCCCAGCUACUCCUGCUGAUUCUAUUACUUCUGUCUCAAGUGCUGCUACUCAUACCAUGCAAAUCCCAGUAGCACAGUCUACUCCCAGGAUUAGGAGCCAAGUAGAAGAGGAUAAUGUUAGGAAUAUACCUUAUAAUCCACCUUUAAGCAAUGCUGCUAGAAGAGUUAGCCUUGCAGGCCCAAGUAUUCCUCUUAGAGAUCCACCUCCACAUGCUGACUUUAUUAAUCGCAGAUCUUCCUUGGGAGCAAAUCGGCGAUCCUCAGGAAGACCAGCUAUACCAGCUGAAUCCUUUACCAGAGUAUCUACAAUCCCAGAAGAGCGCUCCUCUAGACUAGCUGAAAGUGCCCACAGGAGAUCUACCUCCUCUCCUGAAUCAAGAAGAACUCCUCUAAGUAUCCAUACCAAUUUACCUUACUUACAGGAGCAGCCAGCACCAGUUACUAGAGAAGAAGCUAAUAUGAGUAGGAGAGGAAACUUCUUAGCCCCUCUACUAGCACCUGUCCCACAACUUCAAGUACCUCCAGCACCACCCAUUGACAGGACUAGGUUACCUCCUCAUAUUGUAGGACGUAUGGUCUCCUCUAGAAGGUUUAGUGAGCUGUUUAAUGAUCCACCUCCUAGGGAUCAACUUAGAGAUAGACUAGCUCCCUUAGCUGAAGGAGGAGGAGGAAAUGACCCACCAUAUGAUAGCGAUAAUGGAGAUUUUGAUAACUCUGGUAGAAGAAGGAACAAUCCACCUAGAAGAAAUGGAGGAGGACCUCCCAACGACCCAGAAGAUCCAGGAAAUGAACCAUAUGCUCAAGCAAAUGCAGCUAGAGCUAGACCUUUCAAUCCAGCUCCUGAUGGAGACACUAAGAAGCUGUCGCGCUGGAUGACAUCCAUCAACAACAUAGCUGAGUAUAGUAGCUACACUAGAAUUCAGCUUGGACAGCAGAUUCCUCUCAGGUUCACAGGAAGAGCUCUUAGAUGGUUCAAUGCAUUAGAUAAGGACUAUAGGCGAAUUAUAACUGAAGACUGGCCAGCACUUAGGCAAGCUAUCACUAUCCACUUCAUGAAUAGGACCUUCCUGAACAGAAGCAAGAAUGAAGCCAUGCGCAUCAGGUUCAGGGAUAAAGAUCAUUCAGAAGAGACUCCAGAAGACUAUGUCAUCAGGAAGAUGGAAGCUCUCACUAUUGUCAGUGACUGGACUGACUCUGAAUUAAUCUUUGAAAUCAUGAAUGGUGCUCCUAAGUCCUGGACCACGCAUAUAGACACCUCAAGAAUAGUCACUUGGGAAGACUUCCUUGACAAGAUUGCAUGGCAUGAGGAGGACCUUUUGGGAAAAGAUUCUUCUCAUAACUCUGACAUACAGCGUCAACUACACCAGAUGCAAUCUACUCUCAAGAGACUAGAAGGAAACAGGCACUCUAGGCCAAGUGCGCGCUCACACUUAGCAGGAUCUAAACCAGUAGGAUGGCAUCAAAAUAAUCCUCCACCAAAAUACCCUAAGGAUGACUCUACAGUAUCUAAAGGUAAAACUCCUAAAGACAAGAAAGCUAGACCUUGUAGACACUGUGGAAGUAUGAUGCACUGGGAUAGAGACUGUAAGCAUGCCAAGAAGAACUCCAGAUUUGUGCAAUCACAUAUGGCACAAGCAGAUGAUGAUGAAUGGGAAGCACAGGAAGCUUAUGAAGAUCUCUGUGAUGAAGCCUACCUUGAUGAAACAGAAUAUGACACUGAAGGAGAAGAGUCUGUUUCUGAGGAAGAGCAGGAUUUUCAUAAGCCCCUUCAGUCAUUAGCUGUCUCUACCUCCAGCGCUAAGCCCAGCUCUGGAUCCCAGGAGGAACAGCAUGGUCUGGAGGGGACCACUGUCAGCCAGGGUACUAACUCUGCUGACCAGGGCAGUAAGGAAUCUGAUUCAUCUUCAUACAGCUAUUGCAAAAAUGGAGAAGAAAUCACUCUCAAGCAAUUAAUGUCAAGACCACCAGGAACUGCUUUCUUUGGAUCCAAAGCCACCAUCAUCAAAGGUUGGCUUCAGACAAAUAAUGGACCUAAGAAGCGCAUCACCUUUGACUCAGGAUCAGAGAUCACUCUCAUUAAUGAGUCAAUACUUAAAACUCUAGAUCCAUCACCUAGAGUGCGCAUUGGACAAAAACUCAAGUUAAUUCAAGUUACUGGGAAUAGUAGCUUAUCACAGUAUAUUUCCCUUCCUAUCAUCUUUGAUACUGAACAAGGAUUAGUUAAAAUGAUUGUAGAAGCCUACAUAGUUCCUAACAUGAACACACCUUUUAUCUUAGGAACAGACUUUGCAUCUCAGUAUCAACUGUCAUUAGUUAGGAAUGGAGAAGGAACAAGGAUAGUUUUUGGGGAUACAGGACGUUCUAUUCCUGUGGAAGAAUCAGAUUCCAGCCCAAGAAUUGACCAACAAGGUAAUACCUUUAUGGUUGAAGUUGCGCAAGGAUUCAUCAAGAAUUCUGAGAAAAUCAAGAUCUCUAAGAAAGCCUACAAGAAGCAACUUCAACAUAGGAAAUUACCUCCCAAUACUGUCAAAGUAAAAGUCUAUGAGACAGUUACUAUCCCAGCGCAUACCAUCAAGCUCAUCAAAGUCAAGACAAUAUGGAAGGAAGGUCAAGCCUCUGGUUUUAUGGAUAGAUCUUUCAAUUCCCAUCGACAAGAAGAACAUCUGUUUGCAAUAACAGACUGCCUGAUAGAUAGGAACAAUCCUAAGAUUCAGGUUUCUAACCUAUCAGAACAUCCUUUACAAUUGCAAGGAGGAGAGAUUCUUGGAUAUAUGCAUGAUCCCAAUGAAUACCUUGCAAAGGAAAAGGACAUUACUAAGGAAGAAAAAGACAGCAUUAUCAAGUAUGCUACCUUAGUACAAGCCAUGGUGCAGAGGAAAGCUGAAGAGAAGCCUACUGUGCAAGAAGAGGAAUUAAUGAAGUCACCUGAAGGAGGACCUAAGACUGCUGAAGUACCUGACCCAGAACCUGUCCCUUCAGAUAGAUUUCUUCAAGAAGUUAAUUUCUCAGAACAUCUCACCCCUAAUCAAAGGACUAAACUAGAAAAAGUCUUGCGCAAGCAUGAGUUAGCCUUUGGAUUAGAUGGUAGACUUGGUACUCAUAACACUCAACUGGAAAUUAGACUAAGGCCAGGAACUAAAGAAAUAUCUCUAACCCCUUACCAUGCUUCUCCAGCUAAAAGAGAAGUCAUUGACAAGCAGAUUGAGGAAUGGCUUAAACUUGGAGUCAUUGAGCCAUCCAAAAGUGCUUGGGGAUUUCCUGUCAUAGUAGUCUAUCGCAACAGUAAACCCAGACUAUGUGUGGAUUACAGACGUCUCAAUGAAGUAGCUGUACCAGAUGAGUAUCCCUUACCAAAGCAAACUGACAUUUUGCAUGCUUUGGAAGGAUCUCAAUGGCUUACUACCUUAGAUGCGCUAGCUGGUUUCACUCAGCUAACCAUCAAGGAGGAAGACAGAGAGAAACUUGCUUUCAGAUGUCACAACGGCCAUUGGCAACCUACCAAACUACUCUUUGGAUAUAGGAAUGGACCAGCAGAGUUCCAGCGUGUCAUGAAUAGGAUACUUUCAAGAUUUCUAUGGCAAUUUGCCCUAGUAUAUAUUGAUGACAUAGUGAUCUAUAGUGUUGAGUUUGAAGACCAUUGCAAUCACUUAGAUCAAGUCUUAGGAGCUAUUGAAGAAGCUGAAAUCACCCUAUCUCCAAAGAAAUGUCACAUUGGAUACCAAUCACUACUAUUGCUAGGACAGAAGGUAUCAAGAUUAGGUCUAUCAACCCAUAAGGAAAAAGUUGACGCUAUCUUAGAGUUGGAACCCCCUAAAAAUGUUCCUACCUUACAGACUUUCCUAGGGAUGAUGACUUAUUUCUCCAGCUAUAUUCCCUUCUACUCAUGGAUUGUAGCGCCUUUGUUUAAGCUUCUCAAGAAAGGAACAGCUUGGUCUUGGGAAGAAAAGGAACAACAAGCGUUUGAACUUGCUAAAGAGGCACUUGCAUCUGCUCCAGUAAUGGCUUAUCCUAUUAUUGGAAAACCUUACAGAUUAUAUACAGAUGCAUGCGACUAUGGCCUUGGAGGAAUAUUACAGCAAGUCCAAUCAAUCAAGAUAAAAGACUUAAAAGGGACAAAGGCAUACAAGUACUUAAGGGGGGAAUAUGAUAAAGGAAACCCAGUUCCCAGAAUGACAAUUCCUGCUUCCAAGCAGAGAGACAACGUGACUGGGGGGGAUACAUGGGAUAAGCAAGACUUUGAAGAAACUGUACAAGUAGAGCGAGUCAUUGCUUAUUGGUCAAGGAUUCUAAAAGAAGCAGAAAGAAACUACUCCCCAACAGAGCGCAAAGCAUUAGCCCUCAAGGAAGCACUUGUGAAAUUUCAGGUAUACUUGGAAGGAGCUGAAUUUGUUGCUAUCACAGAUCACGCCGCUCUCACUUGGAGCAAGACUUACAAUAAUGUCAACAGAAGACUCAUGACAUGGGGCCUAGUAUUCUCAGCCUACCCAGGAAUGCAGAUUGUGCACCGCGCAGGAAGGGUACAUGACAAUGCAGAUCCUAUCUCAAGACUUAGGAGGAGAACCCCAUAUCAUACCAGCCCUCUGGCAGAUCAAUUGACUCCACUCAAGCUCAAUAUGGAGGAAGACCCAUUAAGAAACCUCUACAAGGAGAUAAAUGAACGUUUUGAAGAGAAACUUCUUAGAGUUGCAAGCGCAUUCACCCAGAGUUACAAAAUUGGAAAUAGCCAGAAGCCCAUCAAGAAGUGGAUACCCACACCGGCAGAAGCUAUAUCUUAUCAAACAACUACCUCAUACUCUGUGGAAAUAUCAAUAAACUCAGAAGAAAUCACAAGGUUCAUAGAAGCAUACAAGAAGGACUCCCAUUUUAAGCAAGUGAUGGAAGAGUUCAAGUCGCACCACAAUCCACUCAAUCCACCCUUCCAUCAAUACCAGAUUGGAGAUAAUGGAUUGAUCUACUUUAUAGAUUCCCAGGAAAAGUAUUGGCUAUGUGUACCUAGGGAUCUACAAGUAGAUAUUUUGAAGGAAAAUCAUGAUAACCUCAAUCAAGGAGCACAUGCUGGUUAUGCUAAGACAUAUCAUCGAAUUGCUUCUGUUUACUAUUGGCCUAAGAUGGCUAGAAGCAUUCAGAAGUAUGUACACACUUGUGAUAUCUGUCAGAAAGCAGGACAUCGACGGCAUGGACCCAGAGGAUUCCUUCAACCUUUACCUAUUCCACAGCAACCCUUUGAAGUAGUAUCAAUGGACUUCAUCAUGGAUCUUCCACCAAGUAACAACUACAACGCUAUCCUAGUUAUUGUGGACAAACUAACUAAGUAUGGACAUUUCAUUCCAUGUACUACUCAGAUAGAUGAAGUACAAACAGCGCAACUGUUCCAUGAUCACAUAUGGUGUCACUAUGGUUUACCUUGGCAAGUAAUCACUGAUAGAGAUGCUAGAUGGACAGGAGCCUUUUGGGGUCACUUAGUUAGUAUGUUAGGAAUUCAGCGAGCACUCACCACUGCGCAUCAUCCUCAGAGUGAUGGACAAACAGAGAUACUUAAUCAAACUACAGAAGUGGCUAUUAGAGUAUUCACUAACCCAGCUAAGGACAAUUGGAGUAAGCUUCUAUCAGGAUUUGCGCACUCAUACAAUACAAGUGUGCAUACAUCCACACAACAGACACCAGCCUUCCUACUCCGCGGAUUUCAGCCUCUAACAUCAGCCGACUUACUGGCUCUCACUUCUGAGAACAUUCCAAGACCAGCCCAAGAAAGUCAAACAGCUGAAGAAUUCAAGGAAUCCAUGGAAUUAGCACGAUCACUAGCUAAGGACGCUCUCAAAGUAGCUCAGAAUUAUCAACAGAAAUACUAUAAUUCUGACAAGACACAUGUUACCUUUGAACCAGGAGAUUUAGUCUUAAUCAAUCCCCAUUCCUUAAACUUACUCAAACAUCAGUCAGGGAAAGGGAAUAAGCUAAAUAUGCGUUAUGAAGGACCAUUUGAAGUCAUGGAAAGCAUAUCACCAGUAGCAUAUAGGAUAAGAUUACCUGCUAGCUAUCGCAUACACCCAAUCAUUAACAUAGCACACUUGGAAUCUUACAAGGCAUCACCCCCAGAGUUUGGAAGCCGACCCACUCAGAAUAUACCUAGAGAAGACUUCCAACAGAUGCCUGAAUAUGAGGUGGAAAGGAUAGUAGAAGAAAGGACAAUAAAGAAAGGCAACAGGAGAAUUAGACAGUACAAAAUCUGUUGGCUUGGGUACAGCUCAGAACAUGAUAGAUGGAGGACAGAGAAAGAAUUAAGGAAUGCUCCAGAAGUCAUCAAGGAAUGGAAGCGAACCUCUGGCUCCACUACCCAUCCCAAUCACAAGAAGAAGAAGGAGUUCUAA